UGUGUCUGGUGGGUACCCAGCGAAAAAUGUGGUGCGCGGCGUAAGUCUAGCUCCGGCCACUCGUCGACUCAAAGUUGCCUCGAGUUCUGCUCCGCCAUCGAUUCUGCCGCAGCAACAUCCGAUAACUGUCUGGCUCACUUUGUGGAAAUCGUCAAGGUCGCGUCAAUCAUGGAGUGGUGGCAGAUUGUGGCUCUCGCCGCUCUCGUGGACUUCGUUUACUUCAAACUCUCAUACUCAAGACCCGGUGGACCGCCGCUGUAUUACGGCCUGCCCUUCAUCGGCUACGGCUUCAUUCUAUUCUUGCCGAAAUCGUGGCUCAGAAAGGUUGUCGACAAAUACCUCGAAGCGGCUCCCGAUGUGGUCAUCGUACGGAUGCCCUUCGUUUUUGUAGUAAUCAAGAACGACGUAGUGAAAGAGAUUCAGCAAAACCCGGACUGCUUACCUCGGCCUCGACUCAACUACACCGAUGUUGUUUCGUGGUUCGUGACGGGAACUUACGAUAUGUCGUUCUGCGACGGCUUGCGUACCUCAAAAACGGAUCAGUGGCAGAUAUCCCGGAAACUUGGCAUCGCAUCUCUCUACGCGGGUCCCAAGAGCAAAAUGGCGCAGAAAAUGGGGGAUACUGCAGACGCUUUCCUCAAAAAAAUCGAGAAGCACGAGGGAACGGACUGGGAUCCCAAGCUUCCGAUGAUGACGUCGAAGUACCAAGAAGUUAUUAAUCUGUUUUUCGGUGCCCUUUUCAAAGAGGAAGACUUGCACCAAUACGUUCCAGGAGUUAUCAUAGGCGCGCAUAUGGGCUUAUUUCUUGCCUUUUUCUUCAAGUUUUUCCCGAUGGGCCUGUUCCUGGCACUCAACAAGCCCAUCAAUUUCUCUUGA